AUGUCAACUCCUUCUAAACGACCGUCGUCGCGCGCUUCUUCAGAAGCAGCGACUCCUUCGCGUCGAACUCGAUCAUCACAACAAGUCGUUGUUCCGGAAACUCCACAGCGAUCCACCGGCACUCCUUCAAAAGAUGGAACACCCCGGACCCCAAGAAGAACCCCUGGUACACCCAGUGGGCGUCGUACACCUCGCGAUAACAUCCUUGGAACCUCUCCAGCCAGAGCUCUGGCAUCCAGCCCUAUUGGAACAGACAUAGACAUGAGUUCUCCCCUUAACUAUGGCACUCCAAGUUCACUUAGCACUCCGAGGUCAAUGAUGCGCGGGGUGAUGACCCCUGCACGACAGAGGGCUGACCUCAGAGGACAUCAAACAGGUCCUAAUGUACCAGCCCCUACACCUACUAGGAGGGCUGAAGAUGGUGCUGCAGAAGUGCCGUCAAGUGAGCCGCAGCUGGUAGUAUGGGGCACGGACGUGGCGGUGGCGGAGUGCCGUGAAAAGUUCGUGCGCUUCGUGCAACGCUUUGUCGAGCCUGACGCGGUCACCAACGAGGCGUUGUAUGAGCAAAAACUCGAAGAGAUACACACUCUUGAAGAGCCUUUCCUGGAUGUGGAUUGCGAACAUGUCAAGACAUUCGAUCCUAAGCUGCAUCGGCAGCUAGUGUGUUAUCCACAGGAGGUAGUUCCGGCUUUCGAUGCAGCUGUGAAUGAGCUGUUCUUCGAGAAGUAUCCUGCGGCAGUGCUAGAGCACCAGAUCCAAGUUCGUCCAUACAAUGCACCGCAGCGGCACAUGCGGGACCUUAACCCUGAAGAUAUCGAUCAACUUGUGACAAUAUCAGGCAUGGUGAUUCGCACGUCAAGCAUAGUUCCCGAGAUGCGUGAGGCAUUUUUCAAGUGCGCCGUGUGUGGCGCGCCUGCCGUGGCCGAGCUUGAGAGAGGCCGUGUCCCUGAACCGUCCCACUGCGGCCAUUGUAACACGGCCCAUUGCUUCCAACUGGUGCAUAAUCGAUCGCAUUUUAGCGACAAACAGCUUGUAAAACUACAGGAGUCCCCUGAUGACAUGCCAGCUGGCCGUACUCCUGCUACAGUGUCAGUGAUGGCGCACGGUGCUUUAGUUGAAGGCGUAGGUGCGGGCGAGCGCGUCAGUGUCACGGGCGUGUUCCGCGCCGCGCCCGCUUCGGUUCACCCGCGAAGGGCCACUUUAAAGGCCUUGCAUAGGACUCAUAUUGAUGCUCUGCAUUACAAGAAAGUCCAUAGCGAUCGGUUGCUCGAAAUUGAGGAAGGUGUUUCAUAUUUCAGCAAAGAGCACCGUUUUCCGCCUGAACGCAUAGAGUUGUUCAAGGAAUUGGCAAAACAACCUGACUGCUAUGAACGCCUAGCGCGCGCCAUCGCCCCUGCUGUUUAUGAAAACUUAGACAUCAAGAAAGGCGUAUUGCUACAACUGCUUGGUGGUACUAAAAAGAAUUUCAAUGCGGCUGGCAGAACUCAUUUCAGGUCCGAGAUAAACAUCUUACUGUGCGGUGACCCGGGCACGAGCAAAUCGCAACUCCUGCGCUGGGUGCACGGACUGGUGCCGCGCGCGCAGUACACGUCGGGCCGCGGCUCCUCAGCCGUCGGCCUUACCGCCUACGUCACCAAGGACCCGGAUACAAGACAGCUCAUUUUACAAACUGGCGCUCUGGUCCUGGCCGACAAUGGAAUCUGUUGCAUCGAUGAGUUCGACAAGAUGAAUGACUCAACUCGCAGUGUACUACACGAGGUGAUGGAACAACAAACGCUGUCAGUGGCAAAAGCUGGUAUCAUCUGUCAAUUAAAUGCGCGUACGUCGAUAUUAGCAGCGGCAAACCCCGCGGAAUCGCAAUGGAACAAGAAUAAGACUAUCGUCGAGAACGUACAGUUGCCUCAUACACUUAUGUCCAGAUUUGACCUAAUAUUCUUGGUGCUGGAUCCUCAAGACGAAGUUUUUGAUAGACGGCUUGCGUCUCAUCUUGUCUCACUUUAUUAUAAAGACUACACAAACUCGCAGGAUGACCAGGAUAUUGUGGAUAUGAGCCUUAUGCGUGAUUACAUCGCAUUCGCCAAGGAACACGUGCAGCCAAAGCUAAGUGAAACAGCACAGCAGAGACUCAUAGAUGCUUACGUAGACAUGAGACGUGUAGGCAGCGGGCGCGGUCAAAUAUCAGCAUAUCCUCGGCAGUUGGAGUCACUGAUUCGCUUGGCCGAAGCUCAUGCCAGAAUGCGCCUAUCCCCCGUUGUUGAUAUAAAGGAUGUCGAUGAAGCAGCCAGGUUACACCGUGAAGCUCUAAAGCAGUCGGCAACAGACCCAGCAUCCGGUCGCAUCGACGUGGGCAUCCUCACAACUGGUUUGGGCGCGGCCGCGCGAAGGCGUCGGGCUGACCUCGUCAAGGCCCUCAAGGAACUCAUCCAGCCUUACUCCAAGCCACAUACGAUUACGCAUAACAAGCUGUUGCAGGAAGUUAAUGCUACCUCGCAGAUUACGAUAUCACGGGACCAACUGGAUGAAGCGUUACGCGACCUGCAGGAUGAAGGCAAAGUGGUAAUUGUCAGCUCCACGCACAUACGGCUUUGCUGAGUUGUCUAUUUUUUUUACGCUUUUUGUCAAAAGUGAUGAUAGUAUUUCGAAGUUGGAAUACAUGGUACGCCCCUAGGAACAAUAGGUUGCAGGCAGCUGAAGAUCCUAUACUGUGGGACAAAAUUAAUAAUAAACUACGGUCGAGGCUACGGUAUCUACUGGUGAGGCGCCUAUGUUCAGCAGUAGAAAGUGUAAUCAUCCCUCUAACGAUAGUGGAUGGUUAAAAAAUUGAAUUCUGUCAUUGUGAUGUCCAUCCGAAGAGGUACUUUCAUAACCUAACCUCUGGUUUAAAAAACCCAAAAAGUCAUUCAUCCCCUAGGUUGCCACCCUUAGAGGUGGAAUAUUUUCA